AUGAUCUCUUCGCCUGGGUUUGUGGCCGCAACAGCUGUCCCAAGCGUAUCUUCGCCAAUGAAUUUUUCAACCCAUCCACUAUCUGCACCCCCCUCCUCUUCCAUAUCAUCGUCCCCCUGCAGAUUUGACAACUCUCUUGGUCUGUUGACUAGGAAGUUUGUGCAAUUGCUGAAGGAUUCAACAAAUGGCACCGUGGAUCUUAAUGAAGCAUCUGCAAAGUUGGAAGUUCAAAAACGCCGAAUAUAUGACAUAACUAAUGUAUUGGAAGGCAUUGGGCUCAUUGAAAAAAAGUCCAAAAACACAGUCCAGUGGAGGCUUGCCUAUGUCUUGCAUACAGAUAUUAGGGAUUUGCCAAAAUUUUCUGAAGACACCCUUUUCGCCGUAAAGGCGCCAUAUGGCUCUACACUCGAGGUUCCAGAGCCAGAAUCUUCCGGGACAGCAGGGGGACGGGACAUUGCCUCUCCAUACCAGCAUCACCAUGAGCUGCAAUUGAGUAGCAAAAAUGGACCCAUUGACGUGUAUCUCAUACAAGACCAUGGAUCUUUAAAGCAGACAACAUCUUCAGAAUUACUUGACUGUGUUGAUGGGACAAUAGCUCCCGCCCCGCUAAAACUCAAUCAAGGGGCCUAUCUGGAGCUCGCACAGCCAGAGGUUGACUUGGCCAUAGGCGGUACAGGUGACGAUAUCCAAACGGGGCAAUAUUUUGACUACUCUGAGAUCUUGAAUGUGUUCAACCUUCCUGUAGAUGCAAACCAGCUUUCACAGGAGCAUCAGCAAUAG